AAAGCCUGGUGCGCUAGUGUGUAACGCUAUAGGCUGGAGGGAGGAGAGGAGAGGGAGGGAGGCAGCUGUUGCCAUUAUUCCAGGAGGCAGCUCAGAUACAUCAUCCUCGCUGAAGCAGAAAAAAGACGAUGAGGCUGUCGACUCCAUCACACGAGAAGAAAAACUGAACCUACAUUUGAAAACCAGACACAAACAACAACAACAACAAAAGUUAAAUCAAUGGUACAGAAAAGUAGUAUGUCCAGGACGCCUUCGACCUCAACCCAGGAGAUCCAAAUGGACAUGUUCGACCAUCAUCCACACACACAGGGGAAGUAUGCCAAGAGAAAGGGACGUUUCAAGCGCUCAGAUGGAAGCACCUCCUCCGACACUACCUCCAACAGUUUUGUUCGACAGGGCUCCGCAGACUCGUACACCAGCCGGCCGUCGGACUCUGACGUGUCUCUGGAGGAGGACCCCGAGGCUCUGAGAAAGGAGGCUGACAGACAGGCACUUGCCACACUAGAGAAAGCAAAGACCAAACCAGUGGCGUUUGCUGUGAGGACAAAUGUGGGAUACAACCCCGGCCCGAGCGACGAUGUUCCUGUGCAGGGCAUGGCCAUAUCCUUUGAAGCCAAAGACUUCCUGCACAUUAAAGAGGUUUGGAUGAACCGUGGACUAAGACAGAGUUUUUACAUUCAAGUGUCACACAUCCUUAUACUGGAGAGUUUCUAG